CGUAAAUGGAAGAUCAAAAAUAAAUUGCUAUCAAAAAAGUUUUUAUGAAUUCUGUAAGCAAAUGGGAAGGCACUUGGGAUACCAAAAUACUUUAUUGGGAUGAAGCAAAAGGAAACUUUAUGAAGAUGAAAUUGCAAAUUUUGCUUACCAAACAUAAGGAACUAAUAUAUUAAACUUAAUCCGGAUUUGUUUUAAGAAUGUAAUUUGUUCAUAAAUAAGUGAUUAUGCCUAAGAAAUUUUAGAAUAACCCAAAAUUAUGACAAAUUUAGAAUAAUUAAAAUUUCUACAGUGGCAUGGUUAGAUUGGAUAGGAUAACAAAAGGUAAGGAAAAUGGACAGCAACUUGGGAUGGGGAGAUUAUUGCUUAUGUUGGAGGAAUGUACUGUCAUGACGGUAAAAAGCAGGGCUUAUGGAAAGAACUGAUAGAGAAUUUUUGGAGGUAUUUACCAUUAUUACUAAAUAUCAUUAAAGUCGUGCAUAAGUUUUUGAAGUUGGAAGCUAUUAAAAUGAUGAGAAAAUAGGUUUAUGGAAAUACAUAUAGAAGGAAAAGAAUAUGUAGAUAAUAAAUUUAAUAUUUGCGAAGCGGAAGUGGGCUAUAUAACGAAUAAGGUUAGAAAGAUGGGAAAUGGACAGAGUUAUUCGAAAAUUUUUUUGAGUAAAUAAUUCAUAUUCAACAUCCCUUAGAUCAAGUUAAGUGUUUUAUCAAGGGAUUUAUAGAGAAGGCAUAAAAAUUGGUAAAUGGAUCAUAAUUUGGAAGGAUGAAGAAGUGUAAAAAUAUUAUUUUAAUCAAAAUUUAAUUUUAAGUGGUUGGGGGAAUUAUGAAAAUAAUGAGAAGAAUGGAUUAUGGAUAGAGUUGAGUAAGGAGUUUUAAUAGUAAUAAAAUUAAAUUUUGAUUACUCAAUAGAGAUAGUUAAGUGACUUAUGCUGGCUUAUAUCAAAAUGGUAAGAAAAUAAAUAGAUGGAACACUUAUUAUAAUUAAAAAAAAAUGUACAGACCUUGUAUUUUAUGGUAGUGGAGGGGGAUUCUAUGAUGACUGCUUCCUAAAACAUGGAAAAUGGAUAGAUUUGAUCGAGAAUUUUUCUAAGUAAUUUAAUUCAACAUUAAAUUUUAGUGAUCGUUAAAUUACUUUAAUAGGUCUAUAUAAUAAAGGAUAAAAGGUUGGUAUUUGGGAUUGGGAAGAAUUAAGCCAUUUCUCUCGAUUUAAAAAAAUGUAGUUUAAUAAUUACAUGUAGAAGCGGAGGGUUGUAUAACGGCUAAGGAUAAAAAAAUGGAAUUUGGUAUGGAUUGACUAGAAAUUACUCAUAGUAAUAAAUUACUUCUCCUCAAUUAUAAUAGUAUAAGUGAAAUAACUUCGAAAGGGAAAUAUAAAAAUGGGAAAAAAAUUGGUAAUUGGAAUUUAUUUUUUUUGGAUAAACAGAUGUAGAUAUAUGAUAUAUUCUUAUUUUAUUCUGUUAGUGGUGGAGGAGAAUAUAAUGAAAAGUCAUUAAAAAAUGGAAAUUGGAUUGAGGUUGAUGAUUUUUGGGUUUUCUGGUAUUUUUCGUGCCAUAUGAAUAGUGAAUCAUCACUUUAGGGUGAAUACUUAAAUGGAAUAAAAAUUGGUAAAUGGAUUAUUAAAUGGGAAGGCAAACAACUGUAUAUAAAUUUAUGAAAAUUUUAGGGGUGGAGGAUAGUAUGAUGAAAAUAAUUUGAAGAAUGGAAAAUGGAUUGAGUUAAGUUAAGCAUUUUAUGAGUAAUAAGAAUGAAUUUUAUUUUUUUUAGAGACAGUUAAGUCACUCAUGCUGGCUUAUAUCAAAAUGGUAAGAAAGUAGGUAGAUGGAACAUUUAUUAUAAUAAUAAGAAAAUGUAUAUAGGAUUUAUAUCUUAUUAUUAUUAGUGGAGGGGGAUCCUUUGAUGAAUGCUGCCUAAAACAUGGAAAAUGGAUUGAUUUGAUUGAUAAUUUUCAUUGGUAUCAUUUUGAAUAAAUUUUAAAUUGAAAUUAGUGAUAAAGAAGUAACAGUUUAGGGAGAAUAUUUAAAUGGGAGAAAAAUAGGUAACUGGGUAUAUAUUUUGAAUCAUAAAUAAAUGUAAGACAAUCUAUAACAUAUAUUAUUAUUUUUAUAGUGGAGGAGGUCUAUAUGACCAUCAAAGCUAGAAGCAAGGGAAAUGGGUGGAACUUAGUACUCAUUUUUGUGAGUAUAUAUUUUCUUUCCAAGGUUUAGAGUUGAGUAAGAGACUAAUUAGGGUGUUUAUUAAAACGGUCUAAAAAUUGGAAAAUGGAUUAGUCUCAAAAAGGGGUUUGAGAAACAAAGUGUUAUGGAAUAUUGA